AGCGCAUGCCAUGAAUUAAUGCGGGGAAAAGGUGAAAUGAUAGCUUAAUCUCAUCGUUGGCCGCUAGGACAAGGUAGAGGCAGUAUUUACGCACCGUCCAACUGUGUGGUGGAGAGUGCGCACAGGCUGAGAGGAUGUAUAACAGAGGAGGGUUUUCAUCAUGGACGUGAGGCACACUUUUCCUUCCCUCUCGCCACAUCCCAGACCUGAUAUCUUCAGUGCCAGCGUGCGUCCAGGACUCUUCCUCUGCAGGGGCAGCGAUGCCACGGUACUCAUUUCUGAGAGCCUUUCUGGGUGUACAAGAGGAGGACAUUAAUGGGAAAACCAAGUGGAAUUUGUGAACUGUUAAGUCGUCUGCCGCAUCCUUCUCAUUGCGCUGGGAAGCUCAAUUUUGGACCACUGCCUGCGAUGAAACUUUCUAUCAAGCUAAUUGGAAACUCUCACUCUACUCAGUAUGCGCCGGCAACAAAAGGGGAUGUUUAUCUCAAGCAUAAGGUUGCUUGAAUUCGAAUGAACGUAUAGUUCAUAUAUUUUUACACUGCUGGAGAUGAAGACAGAUCGACGAACUAUGAAGUUCUUCCUGUGGAUAUUAGCCUUCAACUUUUUCUUGUGCUUGACUUCAGUUGACGCACAGAUGGGGUUUGAUGGUCCUCUCUCUGCACAGGAGCAGAUGUACAUCCUUUAUGAAAUCAAACUGCAGUGCUACCAGAACCUCUCCAACAUUGACCCAGGGUCCACAGAUGAGGUGUGCCCUCCAGACUGGGACGGUCUUAUUUGUUGGCCCCAUGGCUCCCCUGGGCUGCUUACCAAGGUUCCCUGCCCAUCUUACAUCUAUGACUUCAAUCACAAAGGACAUGCUUACAGGAAGUGUGAUGUCAACGGUUCCUGGGUGUUUGUGGACCGCUGGAACAAAACAUGGACCAACUACACAGAGUGUCUGCGCUUCCUUCAGCCCACUAAUGAGGAAGGGAGACAAGAUUUCUUUGAGCGGCUGUAUAUCAUGUAUACCAUUGGCUAUGCUGUGUCCUUCAGCUCUCUGCUGGUAGCCAUCUUCAUCAUUGGAUACUUCAGGCGUCUUCACUGCACUAGAAACUACAUCCACAUGCACCUGUUUGUUUCCUUCAUGUUACGAGCAGUCAGCAUCUUUGUGAAGGACAAAGUCGUCCAUUCCAGUGCUGGAUUGCAGGACUUUGAUUCUGCCCUUUUGGACAACUUAAAGACAGUUAGCAUGGCACCACUGGACACGUCUCAGUAUAUUGGCUGCAAGGUGACAGUGCUGCUCUUCAUCUAUUUUCUGGCCACCAACUACUACUGGAUCCUGGUAGAAGGCCUGUACCUCCACAGUCUUAUCUUUAUGGCCUUCCGAUCAGACUCCAAAUACCUCUGGGGCUUCACCCUCAUCGGAUGGGGUGUUCCAGCUGUUUUUGUGGCACUGUGGGCGAUUGUCAGGGCAACACUAGCAGAUGCAAGGUGUUGGGAGUUAAGUGCUGGUAACAUUAAGUGGAUCUACCAGAUUCCCAUCCUGACAGCCAUUGGGCUCAACUUCAUCUUGUUUGUGAACAUCGUACGAGUGUUGGCCACUAAAAUCCGAGAGACAAACGCAGGGAGAUUCGACACCAGGAAACAGUACAGGAAACUGGCGAAAUCCACCUUUGUGUUAGUGCUGGUGUUUGGCAUCCACUACAUCAUCUUUGUUGGGAUGCCUCUUACAUUUGAGGGGCCGAGCUGGGAGGUCCGCAUGUACUGUGAGCUGUUCUUCAACUCCUUCCAGGGCUUCUUUGUGUCCAUUAUCUAUUGCUACUGCAACGGAGAGGUCCAGGCAGAGAUGAAGAAAACAUGGACACGCUGGAAACUGGCGUUUGAGUGGGAGGGCCCGGUGGUCUGCGGCCGCUACCGCUACGGCUCCGUCGUUGUCGGCAUCAACAACAACAACAGCACCAGCAGCCAGUCCCACCUGGCAGGGGCUGGCCAUUCCACACGCUCCACCACACUUGUUUCAAGCCAUGUUUAUCGUAGCACAGGUCCUCCCAUGGUCAGCAUGCACGCCACCCUCCCAGGAUACGUGAUCAGUAACUCGGACCCGUCCAUACCUGAAGAACCUGAAGACAGCGGCCCCAAGCAGGUGGACGAUAUCUCGCUGAAGGAAAACCUGCCUGUUCUUAGUACCAGUGCAACAGCUGACGAUGAGGAGGAAACACUGUAGCAGUAGUCUACAACAAGUCAAAACAUGCGGCAGAGAGAGACCGAUGAAAAAGGGCGCUGUAGUGGUUUGUGUAACCCAUUUCACUUCGUUGUCAUUUAAACUCUAAAGAGGGUAUCAAAGGCAAACAAAAGAUUUGACUGUAUGUACAAGAAACAGAAAAAUGUCUUGAACCCCCUUAU